AUAAUAAAUUUAUAAUCUAGAUGACAACUGGAAACAAUAGUCGCUUAGAACUAUCUUAUUAUUAACAUUUAUUCACCAAGAAAGAGUUAAGUGACCUCUGGAUUCAUAUUUCUCGAUGUAUUAACACGUAAAUGAAUGUUGUAAAUUUACUAACUGUAUUUUCAACUUUUACAACAGACGCUUCGCUUGAAAUAUUUCUCUAUUCACUAUUAGUUCGUCGUGUAUUUGUUCUAAAUAGAAACAUGUACGGAUUCUUAUUAAAAUUUACUUUUUUAUUAUAUUGUAAUGACGUUGUUAAUGCAGUUAAUAUUUUGGGUAUAUUUCCAAGUACAGGAAGAAGUCAAUUUAUUUUGGGUGAUAGAUUAAUGUUAGAGUUAACUAAAAAGGGACAUAAUGUGACAUUUAUAAGUGCUUUUAAACCAGAAGAAAAUGUAGAAAAUUAUACCACAAUAUUAGUUGAAACAAACGUUGAUACAGUUGAUUUGGUUGACUGGAAUACUUACAACAGCUUCGAACAAUUAUCCAGCACCUUUCAAUAUUGGACGAACAUUUCCAAUCACCUCUUCUCCCAAGAAGCAAUUCACGACUUGAUACGCUCAAAUUCGACGUUUGACUUGGUCAUUUUCGAAGCGUUCGGAAACGAGGCGCUGAUGGGAUUCGCUAAACAUUUUAACGCUCCUUUGAUAGUUUUUAGUUCCUUGGGUAUGAAUAAUUGGUGUAGCGAUUUCGUUGGUAACGUAAGACUUCCGUCCAUCUCACCUUACUACGUUACCUCGAAUAUCAACGGUAUGACCUUCUUCCAGAGACUCACCAACACCAUCGUACAAAUAUACGAUACAAUUUAUAAAGAAUAUGCAUAUUAUCCACACCAACAAGAAUUGAUGAACAAAUAUUUUGGCGGUGGUUUUAAUCUACAAAACGUGAUGACGAAUGUUAGUUUUCUUUUACUAAAUUCGCACCCGUUGACAACUGAAUCUUCUCUGUUAACAAGCGCUGUUGUUGAAAUCGGGGGAUUUCACAUAACUUCCAAACCGUUACCGGAUGAUAUACAACGUUUUAUGGACGAAGCUGAUGAUGGAGUCGUGUUAUUCAGUUUGGGAUCUAAUGUAGAUUUUAAUACUCUUCCGAAAAGUCUCGUUUUAGAUGUAGUGAAGGCUAUGCAACAGUUACCGCAAAGAUUUUUGUGGAAAUGUGAGAUAGAAAACUUGACUGACUUACCAAAAAAUGUAUUAGUUCGUAAAUGGUUACCACAAUCUGAUAUUCUCGCUCAUCCGAAGACUGUUGCAUUUAUAUCUCACUGCGGAUUGUUGAGUACAACCGAAGCAAUCCAUUACGGUAUUCCAAUAGUAGCUAUCCCUCUAUUUGGGGAUCAACCCAUGAAUACUAAGAGACUUAUUGAAAAAGGCGUUGCCGUACAUCUUGAUCUUAACCAAAUUAACGAAAAGACUUUUCAUUCAGCUGUACUUGAAAUUGUUUAUAAUUCCAGGUAUAAAGAGAAUGUAAAACAAUUAUCCAAGAUGUUUAGAGAUAGACCUGUAGAUCCUUUAGAUGUAGCAUUACACACAAUCGAAUACACCAUAAAGUACAAACCGGCACAUUAUUACAGAAGCCCCGCUUUAGAUUUAUACUGGUUCCAAGUGUAUUUAUUAGAUAUUUUCAUGUUUGUUAUUCUAGUGUAUAAAAUAUUGAAGAAAAUUAUAAAAAGAGAUACUAGAAAUAAAAAAAUGAAGAUACCUUAUAGCAGGAAAUUAAAAGCGGCUAGUUUUUUCCAAGUAAAAAGGUAUGCUCACCAAUUACCGGAGAGGUUAAAAGACAUGGAUAAGAAUCCAAAUCCGCAGUUUUUCGACAUGGUAGAAUAUUUUUUCCAUAAAGCUGCAAUGAUAGUUGAAGAUAAAUUAGUAGAGGAUCUCCUUAAGAAAAAAGGAAAUAAAAUGACGGAAGAACAAGGACAAAAUAGAGUGACUGGUAUAUUACAAUAUAUGCAGAAUUGUGACGGUGUUUUAGAAUUAGCAUUACCAAUUAAAAGAGAUAACGGAACGUACGAGAUUAUUGAAGCUUAUAGAGCUCAUCACAGCGCUCAUAGAACACCAUGUAAAGGCGGUAUACGUUUCUCCACAGACGUUUGUAGAGAUGAAGUUAAAGCAUUAGCGGCUUUAAUGACUUUUAAAUGCGCGUGCGUCGAUGUACCAUUCGGUGGUAGCAAAGGAGGUGUAAAAAUAGAUCCUAAACAAUAUUCACCUAACGAAUUAGAAAAAGUUAUGAGAAAAUUCACAUUAGAAUGCACCAAAAAGGGUUUUAUCGGUCCUUGUACGGACGUACCAGCACCUGAUAUGGGUACAGGAGAAAGAGAAAUGUCUUGGUUAGCAGAUACUUACGCAAAAACCAUAGGAUACAUGGAUAUAAAUCAUCACGCUAUUACGACUGGAAAACCGAUCAAUCAAGGCGGUAUCCACGGUAGAAUAUCCGCUACAGGUCGCGGUAUUUAUCACGGUAUUCACGAAUUUAUAAACGACGAAAGUCUCAUGAAAACAAUCGGUUUAGAACCAGGAAUAAAAGAUAAAAGGAUAAUAAUACAAGGGUUAGGAAAUGUAGGAUUACAUAGUAUGAGAUACGUAGUUAGGGCUGGUGGUAAGGUGAUUGGGAUACAAGAAAUCGACGGAUCGAUUUAUAACGAACAAGGUAUAGAUCCCAAACAACUCGAAGAUCACAAAAUAGCUAACGGUACGAUAAACGGGUUCGCUGGAGCGGAAAAAUUCGACGGGGAUCUGUUAAGUCAUGAAUGCGACAUUUUAAUACCAGCCGCAAUGGAAAAAGUGAUCACAGCUGAAAACGCCGGUAAUAUAAAGGCGAAACUUAUAGCCGAAGGCGCCAACGGUCCUAUCACUCCAGCCGCCGAUGAAAUAUUACUAAAAAACAAUAUUCUAGUAAUACCUGAUCUGUAUUGUAACGCUGGAGGUGUUACAGUCUCGUACUUCGAAUGGUUGAAAAAUAUCAAUCACGUCUCUUACGGGCGGUUGACCUUCAAAUAUGAAAGAGACUCCAACUAUCAUCUACUCCAAUCCGUUCAAGAAUCUUUACAGAGAAAAUUCUGCGAUGCUGGAGACAUUCCCAUCGUACCGUCGAAGGCUUUCCAAGAACGCAUAGCGGGCGCUUCUGAAAAAGAUAUUGUACAUUCCGGAUUGUCGUUUACAAUGGAACGAUCAGCUAAAGCUAUAAAGGAGAGCGCUCAGAAACAUAACUUGGGGAUAAAUAUAAGAGCGGCUGCUUAUUUUAAAAACGAAUACUUCAAAAUGUCGCGGGUGUUUUUAUUUCUUAUUUCUUGUUUAAUUCUAUUAAACGUAUCGGAAGGAUCGAAAAUUUUGAUGGUAUUUUCUCUGCCAUCGAGAAGUCAUUACAUACUAGGUAGAUCUUUGGCUACGGGAUUAAGGCAAGCUGGACAUGACAUUACGAUGAUUACCAAAUUCACAGAAAAACCGCCUGAGGGUAGUGGUAGCUUUAGAUACAUUACUAUACCUGAUUGUCAAUUGGGUGAUUCCACUGAAGCAUCGACUGACAUCAACUUCUUCGAGUUUACAGAAGCUAAUCCUGUGCUCAAUAUCCCGUUUAUGAAUAUGUUUGGUGCUGCAUGUACACGUAACGUUUUCGAAAACAAAGAUGUACAAAAACUUCUAAACUCUAACGAAACUUUCGAUGUAGUUAUAGCAGAAAUGUUAAUGACAGACUCCCUCAUCACUUUAGGAUGUCAUUUUAAAGCACCAGUUAUACUUUUAAGUCCUUUAAGUCCUCCUGCUUGGGUAAAUAACGUCGUUGGAAAUCCUUCACCUCCGUCUUACGUUCCCAAUCCCUUCGUUAGUUACGGCGAGAAAAUGACCUUUUGGGAGAGAAGUUCCAAUGCUAUGAUGGAAUUGUUGCAAAAAUUGGAUUUGGAAUUUUGGUUUUAUGGGGUACAAAAUAAGCUCGUACAAGAAUAUUUUCCGCAGUGCGGUAAUAUGCAUGAUAUUCAUAAAAACGUAGCCUUGGUGUUGUCUAAUACGCACGAGAGUGUUAACAUACCAAGUCCUCGAGUUCCAGCUAUUGUCGAUAUUGGAGGUUUCCAUAUUUUCCCUGGAAAAAAACUACCAGCCGAUUUACAAAAAUUGUUAGAUGGUGCCAAAAAUGGGGUUAUUUAUAUCAGUAUGGGAUCCUAUGUAAAACCUUCGUUAAUGAGACCAGAAAUGAAAAAGGCAAUGUUAAAUGUGAUUGGAUCUCUAAAGCAAACAGUUAUUUGGAGAUGGGAUGAAGAUGAAUUACCAGGAAAACCAGACAAUUUGAUUAUUGGAAAAUGGUUUCCACAACAAGAACUUUUAGCUCAUCCCAAUUUAAAACUCUUCAUCACUCAUGCUGGUUUAUUGAGUAUAACUGAAACUGUCUACAUAGGUGUUCCUAUAUUAGCAAUACCUGUACUGGCAGAUCAAAUAAUGAAUGCAGUAAAGGCAGAAUCGUUUGGUAUCGGUAAACACUUGCCACAUUCUGAAUUAACUGAAGAAAACUUCAGGAAAACCGUUACAGAAUUACUCAACAAUCCAAAAUAUGCAGAAAACGUGAAACACAGAUCCGUUCUGAUUAAAGACAGACCAAUCAAACCCCUAGACUUAGCAGUUUACUGGGUUGAAUUCGUUAUUCGACACAAAGGAGCUCCCCAUUUGAAGGUGUACGGAAGUAACUUACCUUGGUAUCAGUAUUUCCUAUUGGAUGUCAUCAUUGUAUGGGGUUUAGUAUUUUUAAUGUCGAUUUAUUUAAUAGGUAAGGUCUUUAAGACCAUUUGCUGCUCGUCCAAGGGUGAAAAAGUUAAAAAAUCAUAGGAUAUGUAUUUUUUAAAUUGUUUUAUUACAAUAAAUGUCGCGUUAUCUGGAAUAUUUUGUUUAAAAUGAUCAAAAAUAAAAUUUCGUUGGGUUAAUAGAGUAUCAAUGUUUGUACAAUUGACUCAUUUACAUAUAAAUUUUUAAAUUUAAAUUUUUUGUGAAAUAUAUGUUUUAUAAUAAAAAAAUAUUCUUAUGGACAUAACGAACCAUGAGAUUAUAAAUGCUAGAUAACAUUCUAUAUCAAUUGUUCUUUCCCAUUGUUGAAAUAGUUUAUUUAAUUUUUAUUAUCUGUAAUGAUUUUUAUAUGUUUGUACAUAUAUUUUAUUAUUUUCCUAAGGAUAGGGGAAUGGAAAUGUAUCAAUUUUAUAAGAAAUUGUUUCUUUAAGAUAACUUAGUAGUACAAAGUUUUAUUAAUUGUAGUUAAAUCCCAUUUAUAUUAACUGUAUAUUGAAUAAAACGUUUCACAUUGUUAAUAAAAAACCCGAAAUUUUAAA